UACACGUUUUACAGUCUUAUUACACUGGUUACUCAGGGAAGAGUCAUUUUACUUUCAAUCUUACUGGAUGGAAAACACAAAUCACAUACUUCUCGGCUAUAGCACUUUUCACGUCACUGCUAGUAGAAUUCAAAUUGCAAAGUGAAACAAGAAAUUUAAGGAAGGAAGCUGCAGUGAAAUAAUUUAAUUAAAAGGGGUUAGCUAGUAUGUGCCGAUUAAAUGCUUGAAAAUUACUCUUAUGAAAGCGGCAAGGUUUUGGGGCUUGAUUUAACAGGAAAAGGAUUUGCUUUGCCCAAUAGGAAGAGUUAGCAAUACUAAAGGGAAGUCAAAGUGGUCUUCGGAUCCGAGUAAAGUGGUGGGAUUAUCUGCGUGCAACGUAAGGACUGAUUCUGCUGUGUAAAAUGCAACCAAGAGGGUUUAGAGCAGUAUAUUUAUUUUGUCUUAUAAUGUGGUUUCUAAAGAUAUUCAACUGUAUUCAUUAGUCUGAAUUUUUGCUUGAAAUUUGACUAUUUUUUGUGUGUAUUGGCAAAGGUCUCAUGUCUUAGCAAUGUGAAAUAAGAAUCCCCAAAUUAGGUUUGCCAACCCUCCAGGAUUGUUCUGGAGUCUCCAGGAAUUAAAGAUUAUGUCAUGUGAUCAAAUCUCCAGGAAUUCCUCCAACCAAAUUUGGCAACCCCCAGUGGAUGCUUAGGUAAGGAAGAUCUGGGGUGAUUAUUGCUUAGAAUAAUAGAAAUAGAAUAGAAAUAGAAAUGAGCUGUGCAAUAGUAUGUCCCUUACUAUUUUGGAGGAAGGUUCUUUUUCUCCUGUUAUAUGAGUCAGAGCAGACAAUGGAUAUUUUUAGGGACAGAAAAUAUUUGUAAAAGGCAUAAUCUAUAAAAAGAGCAUUUGUUAGCAGCUGUUUGCUGGUUCAGGACCUUAGAUUGGAAAUUCUUCAGGAUGGGGACUGCCUCUUUGUCACACACACACAUACACACAGCACAAUGGAUCCCUGGUGCUAACUGGCACAUCUGAGUCUGACUGGACUAUAACUUUUAAAGGCUAAUGAUAAACAGUGGACAUACAAUACUACAAAGAUAAUUGCAGCAGCUGAUCCCUAUGGCAGCCAGGGGACUGAUGCGCAUGAAAAACUCACUUCUUCACAAUAUGAAUUGUUUCUGGCUGAUUAGAUUUUCUGCAGAGAUUGCACUCAGAUCUGUGUCUUCUAGGCGCUUCUGUCUGAAGAUAGAGAGUGCUGAUGCAGAGUCAUGCCAGGAGAAUGGCAUUCUAGUAAACAAUCUGGCAUGCAUGGGAGUGGAUGUCAAAAUGGCAAGAAGGCGACAACCUGGAGUUCUGAAGAAGCUGAUCACAAAUGAAGAGGGCCUCAAAAAGUUUCUGCAAAGCAAAGGGGCUACUAAUGAAAUCAUUGCUAGCAUCAUCUCACGUUAUCCACGGGCCAUCACGCGUUCCCAUGAGUCUCUUGAAAAACGUUGGGAACUUUGGAGAAGUAUUUUGAUGACUGAUUUGGAAAUUGUAAAUAUUCUGGGACGUUCCCCUGAGUCCUUCUUUCGUUCCAGUAAUAACAUGAAUAUGGAGAAAAAUAUUACAUUUUUCUGUUCUCUUGGGCUAACCUCUAAACACCUUAGCAAUAUGUUGACCAGAGCACCACGGACUUUUUCUAACAGAGUGGAGCUGAAUAAGCAGAUGACUGACCUCCUGCAUGAAAUCUGUUUAUCUUUAGGUGGUGAAAACCCAAAUGAUUUUGUGAAGCACAUAAUUUCUAAAAAUGUUUUCAUCCUCCUGCGGAGCAGCAAGCAAGUGAGUGCAAACAUUGAGUUCCUGCAGUCAUCUUUCCAUCUGAGGAAUGAGGAAUUACUAGCUCUGCUACAUGGCACUGGAGCUGACAUUUUGGACUUAUCUAAUGAAUAUAUAAAAAAAAACUUUACAAAUGCUAAAGAGAAGUUGUUAUCUCUUGGGUGCACUGAAAGAGAGGUGGAUAGAUUUUUCAUUAGAUAUCCACGAGUGCUCUUUCUUUCAGCCAAGACCCUCAGUGAUAAAAUAGAUUGCCUCUUGCAAGCAAAGAUUCACAUUAAACAAAUAGCUGAAACUUCUCGUGUUCUGGAUUUAAGUAUCAGUACUGUAAAAAGCAGAGUCAAGGAACUGGAAAAAACUAGUUAUGACUUCAAAACCUAUGGAAUUGGCAUCCUUACUUUAAGUAAAAAGAGAUUUGAAGCUAAAUUGGAAAAAUUACAUAGUGCAUGGUGAUUAACCAAGAGGACAGCAUCCAUUCUGUGAGAACACAGGGUCAGAUUUUGAAAUAAAAAAACUUGAAAAAGGGUCCUGUUUUGUUAUUUUGAAACUUAUUUCAAAAUCAUUUGUGGUUACUUAGCACUGCUUAUUUAGGAUAAGUAAAUUCUCAGCUAUCACUAGCGGGGUGGUAUGGGGUGACCAGGAGACCCGUUUAGUGUCUUGCUGUGAAGGUAGUGGAUCACAGAUAUUGAAAAGGGUGGGACUGUUUAGAGAGGACUCCAGUUGGAGGAGAUAUUAGAGAUAUGCAGAAUAAUGAAUAGUACAGAGAAGAUAAGUCAGGUAUACUAUUUGCCCUUUCUUCCAUACAAAAGCAAGGGAUCAUUCAUACCCUUGAUUCUGGAACUGGCUUAGCACAGGCAAACCAUUGCAUCCAUUUGGAGCCCCAUUGAAGCCCUUGCGGGAGCCAGUUGUUGGACUGGGGUAUUCUAUUAUUUCUUUACAUUGUUUCAUCUUAUCACAGAUAAGUAAGAUCUAGGAGCCUGUGUCCUUGAGAAAUGCAUUGAAAGGUCUGUUGAUAAGGGUUGGCAUAGAUGUAGUCUUUAUGAUAGAAGCAUGUCCCCAUAAGCCUAUAAAAUCUAAUAAUAUGAAGAGUUGGCUUAAAUCUAACAGGCACACUUAGAAGGGCAGUUGGUAAAGGGAUGUGACAUCAAAGUAUUGUCCACAGCUGGUGACAGAUGAUUCAUUAAAUGCUACAGAAGUCUCUCAGAUGAGGACAAAUGUACUUGGUAUUUGCAAAUCAUAGAUACUUUAAGGAGGUAGCUCCUAAAUGCAGAAAACUAACAUGACAUUAUUCCUUGAAGCAUAAUACAAACUGCUUUUGAUUUUAAGAACAGGUAAUUCUGUUUAUUUCAAGUGUAUAAUGACACAUUUUCCCCACCUAAUUACAUGAUCUAAGGAUUUCUGUAUAUUUACAUAUGUAUGUUUUUAUGUUUCUUACCCUUUGAUCACGCAUCUAGUCUUCUUGCUUUAAUUAGGUAUGUGUCUAUUUUUUCACUCCCUCCUUUGCAGGAGGAGAGUGAAGUCAAAGAACUUGGAUCCUAAGUCUGAAGUCUAAGCAAAACUUUGGUAGGUACCUGCUUGUGUUUGCAGGUUUUGGGACUUAAAUUUGAUCUUGAAUUCUCAGGAUCCUGGGAAAUGUACAUUUUAUCUGAGUGUACAUUUAAAUGUUUACAAGAGAAGCAUUACUUACUGAGUAGAUUUGCAGCAGAGAGACGCUCAGACUUGUGUCUUCUAGGCAUUUCUGUCUGAAGAUAGCGUGCUGAUGCAGAGUAAUGUCAGGAGAAUGGCAUGCAUGGGAGUGGAUGUCAGAAUGGCAAGAAGGUGACAACCCAGAGUUCUGAACAGCCAGGACAGGUUAGGCAUUUUAGAACUCGCUACUCAAAGAUUUAAAUUUACGUGUAAGAGAGAAAUAAAAAUUAUGAAAUGCAUAGACCAGUCAAAAAACUAAAAUAACACACUUUUAAAGAAUAAAAUUACAAAGAAUAUAUAUGCAUUGCAGGAAGUACCAAGAAGUAACAACAACACAAGUCUGUGCUGGGAGGGGAGUGGGAAAUACUGUGUGCGUGUGACACAGAGACAGUGUGUGUGCUGGCUGCUGGGGAAGUUUCUGAGAGAUGCUGUACACUGUCUCUUUAAGGCAUUCACUGAAAGCUGUCCCGAUCUGUGGAGAUGGGGUACCUGGGGAUGCGGAGAGACUCUGUGUGUGUGUGUGUGUGUGUGAGAGAGAGAGUGAGAGAGAGAGA